CAAGUGCAUCCCAAUUAAGUAUCUAUUUUGAAGGGCCCUUCAGUCAGUUGUACUGAACGGAUAUGGAUUCCAGAGUCAGUAGAUGGUGGCCACAUCACAAAAGAGUAAUUUACUUGUGGUACUUUUGUAUGACAUGUUUGAUUGUUGUUCACAGUUGCCCCAACCAUUGUCAAGUUUGCUGGUUUCCGUAAUAUGGGAACAAGGUUGCUGUUGACUGCUGCCCUCAGCAGAGAAGCAUUUCCUCCAAUGCAGCUGCUGUGUUUCCCGAUACUGUGAUACUGCGGGAAUUGUCUCUUCACAUUUCUCAACUCACCUUGGAGGCUGGACAGUAACAGCUGCCUCUGCUCAUCAUUUUUGUCCUUAAUUGCAAAUUGGAAUUUUUCCAGCUACCCAACAAAAUAUUUGAAAAAAGCUGUGGGGUUUUGGUGUUUUGUUUUGUUUUUUGAGAAAAUGAGGAUUUUCAUAGCCUUUGAGGGAUCUUUUGAACCAUUUGAAGUUUCAGCAGAUGAAACUGUGGAAGCUGUCAAGUUGAUGAUAAAGGAUUAUUUCCACAUUCCUCUCUCUGACGAUGAACAAGGCAGGCGGUAUCUGGAGCUGAUGUAUGCUGGAGCAGCCCUAAAGGACAGCUGGAGCCUUGCUGAUAUUGGAAUAUCUUUUUGUUCAACUCUCAAAUGCUUUGUUAAGAAAGAAGAUAAGCCCACUCUCCACGUGUUUAAUGCUGUCACCCAAGAGACGAUGCCAAUAAUGAACAGUACUUCCCUUUUUUGUAAGAAAGUGUCUGAGCUAAGAACGCUAAUAUCUUUGAGGUGUGGCUUCCCUGUGAGUGUCUUCUGUCUCAAGACCCCAAGCGGACUGGAGAUGUAUGACUGCAACACCCUCAGGGACUAUCAGCUUGACAUUGGCACAAUGCUUCGCUUGGACGUCUGGGAUGGAUGGAAAGAAUUUCUUAUGGGCUGUCUCCUCGGACAAAAACUUAAAGUCCAACGCUAUUUAUCAAAUGAAAAGCCGGUACUUAAGUACCAGAAGAGGGUGGCCCUGUACAUUGCCGCCUUUUAUGGCUACAUUGAACUCACCGAAUGGGCCCUGAAGCAGGGUGUGCGGCCCCACGAGGCGGUUGGUGUCCACCCUUACCGAGCAUGGUGCCAUGAAGCCCUGCAUGCAGAUGUCUCUAAAUGUCCCAUUCAUGCAGCUGCAGAAGCAGGCCAGCUGCUGAUUCUGAAGGCCUUUGUCAACUGCAGUGUGCUGUGCCUGGAAUGCAGAAAUGCUGCAGGCCAAGCUCCCCUGGCCAUCGCGCUCAAACGCAAGCAUAAAGACUGUGUAUUAUAUUUGCUUAGUAAAAUGUGGUCCACAGUUUCUUUUCUGAAAGUGUCAGUCCCCAUGAGGAUCUAUAUUAAAAUAAAACAAUGGGUGCUCAAGGCUCAGAGUCACAACCUUUAUAAAAGCCAGCUGUGUGGAUCAAGAGCCUUCGAGGCAAAAGUUGGAGACAUUGUGAUGGUGGAUGGCUUCAGCAAACCACGAAUGACCUCCAAGAGUUGGCAUAAGGCUGGGAAUAAGGACUCACAAAGCACUGUGGUCAAGCUACCGCCUCUCAGGGAACAAACUGCAAGCAGGAGACCUGUCAAUACUUUGGUAAUUUCACAGCAGGACACAAGAGAACAAACCCUCAAAUUUCUUCCACUGGUAGAUAAAAAUACAUUCUCUGAAUUACGAAGACAACAAAAUUGGAAAAAUAGUAUUGCCGUGGAUAGGAAAAAUGAAAAGCUCAUAAAAAAUACAUAUCUUCCACAAAUCCCACUCCCUCCAGUUUCAAGAGUAGGCCAUGCACACCCAUCUUUUUACUACGCAACACCCAGUGCUGACUCUUUACUCAGAUCUUCCUUCGCAUCUUUCUCUGAGCACAGCGGGAGAACUCCAAGGGAGAACGCCAUCUACUGCUUAGCUGUGGCCAGUGCUUUUAAAGAGAAACGAUGGCUUCAGCAGUUAGAAAUAGCAAGAGUCCUAGCCAAAAAGAGCGUUUCUCACCUGACUACCCAAGGAGGACUGAGAGGAUGUGAAAAUCUGGUGGAAUCUGCACAUUGAAGUCAUGACAACAUCAGUUUGGGUGAAAAACUGAUCAAAUAGAACCUCCAGUUCUAAUGUUAACAUUUCUAAUCAAUGUUCUAAUGCUAUGUAACUAUGAACAGAAUAUUUCAUGGUAAACACCAUGUUUUCUUGAACUCUUAUAUGAAAAUUUAAAACAUUUGUUUUUGCAUAAAGAACCUGAGGAAGAAUCCAUAAGAAACUGAGAACAGUAGUUGCCUUAGAGGUAGGAAAACUGGAAACAAGGACAGAAAUAAGAAUUUUUACUGUUUCCCUCUCAGAAUUUGUUGCAAUUUUUUUUAAACCACAUGAAUGCAGCACAUAUUUUAAAAAAAUAAAAUUAAAAAAAUUCUACCUAGGGACAGUUCCUAGGAGAGUUACCAAUACCAUUUAAGUCUAGUACUGGUCUCAGACAUCUUUUGAAUAUCUGUUAACAUAAUUUGUUAAUUGUCUUAAUUGAGGUAAAGUCCACAUGCAGUGAAUUGCAUGUACAAUUUACCUACAGUGAUCUUACAUGUAAAAUUUAAUGACUUUGACAAAUAUAUGCAUUUGUGUAACCAAUAUCCCAAUCAAGAUGUAGAAUAAUUCCAUUACCCCAGAAAGUUUCUUUAAGCCUCUAUCCCAGUCUAUCUCAGGCCCCAGUAAGCAACCACUAUUCUGCUUUCCAUCUCCAUGGACAAACUGCCCCAAUCAAAGGAAUCAUAUAGGUGCUCGCCUUGUGCCUGGGUUAUUUUGCUCAACUUAAUAUUUUGAGAUUCAUUUACAUUGUUGCAUGUCUCAAUAGGAUGUUCUUUUUUAUUACUGAUUAGUAUGCCAUACUAUGGAUGCACUAUGAUUUAUCUAUUCAACUAUAUGGACAUUUGGGUGGUUUAAGCUGCCAUGAGCAUUGUUGUAAAGGUCUCUUUCUGGACAUAUGUCUUCAUUGCUUUUGGUCAAAUACCUAGGAGUGCACUUGUUAGAUAAUAGGGUAAAUACACAUUUAACAUUAUAGGAAACUGUCUAACAGUUCUCCACAGUGGUUUUAUGAUUUUAACUUCCCUAACAACGUACUGAUUACUUCAUUCUGGUUCUGGUUGCUUCACAUACUGGCAAAAUAUGGUGUCUUCAGUGUUUUUGAUUUUUAGUUAUUCUAAAUGACUAAAA